AUGGAGAAGCCAAAAAUGCCUCGAUUUAGUGGCGACGUCAGAGAGUACAGUAUUUUUCGAGAUGAUUUUAAGCAUGCUAUUGAAUCUCGAUACAGUAAAAGGGAUGCAAUGACGUACCUUUGUGCAUGCUUGCAGGGAAAACCCCUAGAGCUUAUCAAAGGAAUUGGUACAGAUUAUGAUGGUGCAUGGCAAUAUUUAGACUCAAUCUAUGGAGACCCCAGAUAUGUGUCGGACCAAGUAACCCAAGAUCUGUCAAAGUUCCGACCCCUGAAAGAAGGAGAAGAUUCACGCUUUUGUGAUCUGGUGCAUUUAGUAAAGCGUAGUUUCAAUACGAUGAAGGGAGUGGGAAAACCCCAUGAUAUGGAUAACAAUCACAUGUUAUCACUAAUAGAACAGAAAAUGUGUGUGGAAGAUAGAAAGAUUUGGGCUCGUGAAUUGGAAAGGAAUGAAAAGCCAGCAAACUUACAAGGUCUCAUUGCUUGGAUGGAGACGGAAAUGAAGUCGAGGAUGCGUGCAACUGCUCCACUGAGCUAUCUGGAGGAAAACCACCAAAGUGUUGGAUCUGCGACAAUUCAACGCACUGGGUAGACCAAUGUGAAAAAUUUAAGUCCAUGAGUCCAGAGGACCGUUUGAAAACAGUAAGAGAAAACCACGCUUGUUUCAGUUGUCUUAAGAAGGCCGGACGUGAUCACAGAGCAUCAAACUGUAGCAGAAGGAAGCAGUGUACACAGAAAAUAAGUGACGUUCAAUGUAAAUAUUAUCAUCAUAUUCUUUUGCAUCCUUCAAAUCCUGCAGCAUCAGUGGGCGUAGCAUUGGUAGAAAACAACACAGAAGCAAUGCUGCCAGUUCUUACAGUGAAGAUAUGUGGAAAGAACAAUCGACACAAACAAGGGAACAUUCUACUCGACUCUGGAGCACAAAUAAGAUUUGCACAAGUACAGCAAAGAAUUUGGAUUUAAAGGGAAAGGAUGUUUUGAUAACUAUUAGAAAAGUGGGCGGUGAAGAAGAAGUGUUGGCAACAAAAGUAUAUCAAGUUCCCAUUACGUCAUUGGAGUCUGGUGCAAAGUUCACAGUCAAAGCUGUUGGAAUUCCACAUAUUAGCGAUGACAUUUCAAAUAUCAAUAUUGGUGAAAUGGUAAAAGGAAUUGUAAUCCCUGAAGUGAAAAUUUACCGAGAAUGUGGCCCAAUCGAUAUGCUUAUUGGGAUUGAUCACGCUUAUAUGCAUACUGGAGAUUCAAAGAAAGUUGGUAACGUUGUUGUGAGACAUUCACCUCUUGGUUGGAUUAUUUUUGGAGCUAUACCGCAAACCAGUAGAGUAUUUCAUGUCCAGUAUACAAGACCUGUAGAUCUCACUGACUUUUGGACAAGCGAAGCAAUGGGAGUUAGUCAAUCAAAUAUUGAAAUGCCAAAGUUGAGCAAGAUCGAGCAAGAAGAAACCAAACUAAUCGAGCAAGGAUGCAAGCUAAUUGGAAAUAGAUGGGAAAUGGCGUACCCUUGGAAAACUGACCCCAAAACCGAUUGAAAAACGAUUGAAAGGGAAUCUACAGCAUUCAAAAGCAUAUCAAGAACAAAUGGAGCAGAUGGAAGAUCUCGGGUUUUCACGAAAGCUAACUCAUGUUAUUAUUCACGUUAUUAUUCAGUACAACUCAUGUUAUUAUUCACGCAAGAACAAACAAUCUCCCGAUGGACUCGAGCAGCAAAUGUGUAAAGAGUGUCAAAGGCUUAUGCGCUCGAGUUAAAGAACGAUUUCCUGAUGCUAAGGUAGGGCUCUCAAGUAUAAUUCAAAGAAAAGACAUUGACGUAUCAGGAAAAAUUGACGAGGUAAAUACUCAACUAGAACACCUAUGUAAUGAACUAGGUUAUACUUUUAUUGAAAAUUCAAUCAUAGAUGAAUCUAGUUUAAAUGGCAGUAAACUGCACUUAAAUACAAAAGGGUCUGCUCUCUUAGCGACGCGUUUUAUUAAGUUCCUGAACCCAAAUAACCAAGUACACAAUCAGGCAACUGCUGCUGGUACUCAUAGCCCAUCGGAAAAUUUUCUGAGGGAUUUGUUGAACUUGGUAGCUCUAACACAGACUCCAAUGCCACUACGAAGACGAACUCGUUAA